UAAUGGCUUUCACCGAUACGAACAAGACAGGACACAACCAAACAAUCUCCGUCUCCUUCCUCCUGUAACCUUGUCUCUGUGUAAAUCCCCGUUUGUUCGUCCGAAGCCUCGAUUCUCGUUCGCUCUUUUGCUGAAUCUGCUGUUUUUUGUGGAAAUCUCAAAGCAAUAUCUGUAAAAACAGUUACCCAACGCCGAGCCUGGGAAUUUUUGUCGGAAGGACAAGGAUCUAAGGCAGGACAUCAUCUGAGACUGGUUAAACUAGAGAGGGUUUGGUUUAUUGAUUCCCAGAACUAUCAUAAGGUUUGGACCCACUAUGGCUCCUGGAGGCAGUGCUUUGAAAGAAGUCCUCGAGUCUAACUCAAUGGCCAUGGACUCUGAUGUUAAGAUGGCGAAAAUGGAGGCUCAUGGUAAACCGGCAAAGUCGGGUAGUGCUGGCGGUGGAAAACACGGUAUUCAUUCUAACAAUGGUGUGUAUGAGCUCCUCGAGUGUCCCGUGUGUACAAAUUUGAUGUACCCUCCAAUCCAUCAGUGCCCAAAUGGCCACACAUUAUGUUCAAACUGCAAAAUCAGAGUGCAGAACUUGUGCCCGACAUGCCACUCUGAGCUAGGAAACAUAAGGUGUCUGGCUCUUGAGAAGGUUGCAGAAUCAUUGGAAGUUUCUUGCCGGUUCCAAAGUUUAGGCUGUCAAGACAUUUUCCCUUACUACAGCAAGCUCAAACACGAGCAGCAUUGCAGGUUCCGGCCUUACAACUGCCCUUAUGCUGGCUCUGAGUGUUCAGUCACCGGUGAUAUCCCGACACUCGUUUCCCAUCUCAAAGAUGAUCAUAAGGUUGAUAUGCAUGAUGGAUGCACCUUCAACCACCGUUAUGUCAAGGCUAAUCCGCAUGAGGUCGAAAAUGCUACCUGGAUGCUUACGGUCUUCAACUGCUUUGGAAGACAGUUCUGCUUACACUUUGAGGCAUUCCAGCUUGGGAUGGCCCCGGUGUACAUGGCGUUCUUACGCUUCAUGGGAGAUGAGAACGAAGCGAAGAAAUUCAGCUACAGCUUGGAAGUCGGUGGAAACGGGCGUAAACUGACAUGGCAAGGGAUUCCCAGAAGCAUUCGAGAUAGUCACAGGAAAGUCCGGGACAGCCAGGACGGCCUGAUUAUACCAAGGAACUUGGCAUUGUAUUUCUCAGGCAGUGACAGGCAAGAACUCAAGUUGAGAGUCACUGGUCGGAUAUGGAAGGAAGAGUAAGCUGAUUCGUACUGUCCAUUGGAAAAACACACUGAUGAUUGGUCAAAAACCCGGCAAUUCUCCAAAAAAAAAAACGAUCUUGAGAUCUGCUGCUGAUAACUGGGGGCGAAAUUGUCUGGUUUUCGAUAUUCAAACUCUGCUUUGGCCGAGAGAUCUUCUUCCAUGAUCAUGUUGGUCGCUCAAGGAUCAGUGAAGGAAGAGCCAGCCAUUGUGUACUACUUUUGUGGUUGCAAGCGAUGAUGUCUCAGUAAUCUUUUCAGGUUCAGACAUGAACUUGAAGGAAAAAAAAAAGACACGAUUUUUUUUGGUUCUGUUCUUGAUGUAAAAACCCAUGUUGAAUCGAAUUGAUGGUUGAUGUCUGAAUCGAGAUUCUGAUUUUCAAACCAUUGUUCAUAAGCUUUUCUUGGUGU